AAUGGAUGCCAGAAUGCUUUGCGAAACUGGCUGAAGGAGUGCGGGAUAUUACCGACUGAGUGUUGCUUGUCAUUACACAAAACAAUGCGGAUGUCGUAAUAUUGCAGAGCUGGACAAGAGGCACCCGGAGCUGGUACUGUGACAUGAGGCAUUGGUGUCUCCCAACAGACCAACAGACAAAUCUGUGUCUCCUGCUGCCAGAAACAACCCCGAUAUCAGGACUUGUCUUGUGUAGUCAUCAAUAACUAUGUCAUGCAAGUCGACAAAAAAUGGCAAAAUUAUUCAGAAACAUAUCUGUGGAUUUUAUGAACAAGUAACUAUCAGAUGUAGUUCUCUAAAGUGAGGUUUAUCAAAUCCAAUAUGGAAUUCCUCGGAUCAAGAUGAAAUUUCACCAUGUCCAUGGUAAAGCCAUUGUCCUGUCCGACGACAGAAAGCAAGCGACGAGAUCGGAGGUCCAUUUUUGUAAUGGGCUAGUGUUUGGUGACCAGGCAAUCCAGGUGGGCCACAAGCUGUGUGUGGAACUCGCCUGUGUUUCAGCAUGGAGUGGUGCCCUUCGGAUCGGAAUCACCACAAACGACCCCAACAAGUUGACCCAGGCUGACCUCCCCAAAUUUGCAUUUCCCGAUCUGUUGAAGAAGGAAGGCUACUGGGCCCGAUCAGUUAAUGAGAACCUGACUGCAUCGGGGACGCGUGUGACAUUCUAUGUGACAACGGAGGGCCAUCUACAAGUCUUCAUUAACAAUGAGCACAAGGGAGUUUACUUGUCACGACUGCCGACCAACAGGACGCUCUGGUUGUUCCUCGACAUCUAUGGAAACACAAAGGCAGCAAAAUUUGUCAAACCAGACGAUGCUCCAAAGGAGAUUGUUGCCCGUGGUCCGGAUGCGAUGGAGGCGUAUGAAAAGGCGUGCUCAGGAACCCAGCCAGUGUUCCGCACACGUCUUAUGCUCGUAGGAAAGGAUAGAGUGGGCAAAACUAGUCUCAAGAAAGCCCUCACAGGUCAAAGCCACAACACAGCCGAGGAGAGCACAGACGGCAUCGACCUGUCCGCGUCCUGCUCCUUCAACCUCACCAACCGAUCGUCAUGGCAACUAGCGAUCAAGGGGGAGCAACUGCCAGAAGAAGAAAGUGAUGCUGAGAAGAAAAACCUGGGUAUUCUCGGUGGGAGUGAGGGUCUAGAGGAGGAAUACCACAAAGCACUGGCCACUAAUAUUGUCCAGGAGCUGCUCUAUCAGAAACGUCAGAAAGAGGCUGCAACCAAAACAUCUCGAGACACCAAGUCCACCAUUACGUCCCAUUCAGCAGGAAAGAUUACCAGCAGGAUAAGUGACAAGAGGAAACCCUCACUGGUGCGGAGGGCAACAUCCCUUGGCAUGAAUUUGUUUGACGACAUCAAAGAGGUUCCCCCAGAGGUAAUGCACGAUGUACCAGACCGUGUUGUGCAGCUGGUUCAAGAGAUGCUGGGUCAAGGGUCACAAGGGUCACCAACACACAGCCUUGACCUUGUGCAGCCUGCUGAGAAGAGCCACCGGGUUGUGCUCAAUAUCUGGGACUUCGCAGGGCAGGCAGUGUACUACACCACACACCAGGUUUUCCUGACUGCCCGAGCCAUCUACGUGAUUGUGUUCAACUUGUGUGAUGAUCUAAGUGGCAAACACUUACCAGAGAUGCAGGAAAAGAAUGAUGAGGAGGACAGCCUGUCCACUCUGGACUACAUGGACUUCUGGCUGCGGUCAAUACAUGCCCAUGCCGCGGAGAACAUGCGCAACAGCGUGGACAACACCAAGCUGUCCCCGCCCAUCUUCAUCGUGGGCACCCACCGAGACAGCCUGGCCCUGGACCACGAUGCACAGAUGGAAAUAGUUGCCGAGAAGUUCAACCAGCUGCGAGAGUUUCUGACAGGCAAGCCAUACACUCAGCACAUUGUGACACCAUUCUUUGCCGUGGAAAAUAACUCUCUGGGUGGAGAGGAUGUGCAGAUUGAUAAGCUACGUCAGCACAUCGAGCGGAUCGCCAGCCAGGAGUCAUACAUGGGGGAGCAGAUGCCCAUCAAGUGGCUCAAGUUUGAGCAGGACAUCACGGAGAAGGCAGACACUGGCACACACUUUGCCACCACCGACCAGAUCACAGAGAUGGCAAGUAACCAUGGCGUCAUGGACACAGAAGAGGUGAAGACUCUACUGGAGUUCUACCAUGACCUGGGAGUCAUCAUCCACUAUGGCAAUGCUGGCCAAGCCCACAACGUGCUCCGUAACACCGUCAUCCUCAAACCUCAGUGGCUGGUCGAUAUGUUCAGGAGGAUCAUCACAGCUCGGUCCAGUCAUGAUCAGUGGGACCUCCUGAGUGACAAGUGGGACCGCCUGGAGAAGCUGGGGAUCCUGGAGGAGCCUCUGCUGGACAUGCUGUGGAACGACGCCCUGGACCAGAAGCCCACCCUGCUGGCUCUCAUGGACAAGUUUGACCUCAUCUGCCACAGACUGCCGCCCCGUGGACAGACUCACCGAGAGGAGACACUCAGCUACUACGUCCCAAUGAGGCUGGAGAAGCUGGAUGAUCAGCGCCACCUGUACACUCUCUCCGACAACACAGCUGUAUUCUAUCUCGACUUCAACAACUUUCUCCCAGACGGUCUGUUUUAUCGGAUCAUGACGCGAGCCAUCAGGUGGUCCCAGGACAAUGGGGGGCGAGACCCCUAUCUAUACAGUCGAAUCGCCAAGUUCUUUCUGGAUGAUUCUCAUGACUUUGUGCUGGAACUGGCGCCAAGAGCGUACCACAGACUAAAGGUUGUCGUCGUGGGCAUCUCUGACUCCAUCUACACCAACCCCGGCUACAAUCCCCUCUCUGCAGCCUGUGCCAAGGUACGGAACUUUCUCGAGUCAACAAUGACGGACCUGCGGCAGCUGUGGAUGAAGAGGAUUGCCUACAAGAUGUGUCUGCGAUGUACGUGUGACAAAGUGUGUGAGCGGCACGGGCUAGCCAGGUGUACACAGGAGUCAUGUCUCCACUUCCUGGACCUGGACGAAUGUCUCACCACCAAGAUUGUUUGCUGUGAACACAGACGGGUGAAAACUGCUGAUAUCAGGAAAUGGUUCCCUCAACCAAAAAUAGAUAUGCCAGAACCGAUACUGCCUCGACUGACGUUGGAGAACACGGGCGGCAACAUUGAGAAGAACGUCCCCAACCUGCCGUCGUGGAUGAAGGGGGCGGCCAAGCUGCUGAACAGUGGGUCUGAUGACCAGGAUUGGGCAGCGCUGGCUAAACUCAUGGGUUACAAACAGGCUCGGAUUGACCAGAUCAAUGAGGACUUGAACCCAGCCCUGGCUCUGCUGACCGACUGGGUCCUGACCAGUGGGAAUACCUCCCUCUCGGUCGACCUCAUGAUGGUGUUCCUGGAACAGAUCAAACGAGAUGACAUUGUGGAUGUUAUCCAGAAGGCCAAGGAGAGUGACUCCGACAUGCCUCAGAUCUUCCUGAGCUACCAGUGGGACUCCCAGGACGAUGUCCAGACUCUCCGAGCACGCCUGGAGAGGUCGGGCUUCACCUGCUGGAUGGACAUUGGUCAGAUGGGAGGUGGAGAUCAGCUCAACCUCAAGAUAGACGAGGGCAUUCGAAACUGUGUGUUGUUCAUUUCCUGCAUCACGCCCAAGUAUGUGGUGUCCCAUCACUGCAACCGUGAACUGGCCUUGGCCGACAUCUUGAAGAAGCCCAUCAUACCCGUCAUGUUCGAGUCCGUCAUGUGGCCGCCACCUGGGGGCAUGUCCGUCAUCCUCUCUCAGCUCGUCUACAUCAACAUGAAAGGUGUCGGAGGUCACGGUGGCAGUGGGGUCCAUGCCGACCUCCAGGACAAGCACAAUGAGAUCGUCAACCGGAUCAUCUUGUACACCAUGCCUGCCAUCCAGCCUUGCAUCGACUCCGUCGUCACGGUUACCGACAUCAGCAAACAACAGGAACUAGGCAACGAGAGUCUGUACGAUACCAGUCUCAGUUCCCUGACAGAACCAGACAUGCCCCUGCUCCAAGAGGUGUACCACAACCCCCCCAGCCCACAUCGCAAUCCAGUCAUAGCACCACAGCCAGAACCUGCACAACAACCUCCAGCAGCCACGGGGAGUGUGGAGCAGGUUCAUGUCACCAAAUGUGCAGUGUGUGUCAUAUUGUAGCCCAGACAAACUGUCACAGCUUGAGAGGACUUCACUAUACAGUGCUUCAAGUCGGCAAGUCAUUCUGGCCUUGACAAAAGUUGAUGAAACGGAUAUGACAGGGUUUUCUGUAAGUGUCCUAACCAAUUCACAACCAAAGCAGACUAUCAAAGCUGGAAUGUGUGGCAAAAGACAUUCUAUGGUAUCAACAAACUCAAAAUACAAUAGAGCAGGACUGGAAGUGUUUGUGAAUAGGAAUUACUGUCACAUGGUAUAUGUAUCAAACUGAGGACCAGGAUUGCCAGUAUUCAUUCCAAUUGCUUUCCCACCCUGAGACUGUACAGGAGAAGGAACCACAGGAAAGCAAGAAUUUACGUUCCAGGGAGAAUACAUUGUAUUCAUGUAAUCCCUGCCUCAAUCUAAUGUUUAGCCCAAAACCAAUAGGUACCAGGAUAGUGACCAUGUACACUUUCCUAUCUUGCUGUGUACAAUGUCUGUGAAUAGCACGUGAAUUAAGAGGACUGUGUGUGAAUGCAUUGAGUGUAGAGAUGGGAAUACACGAUAGACUUUGGCGCCAUCAAGGUAUUCAGCACUACUGGCAUUGUUUGACAAGAUGGUCAACAUGUUGUGUCACGAUAUAUCUUGGUACAAGUUUGUAGCUUUGAGAUGUGUCGGAAGAACACAUGAACCAUGUCUUGUAAUAUAGAGAAUCUCACCCAAGUGUUUACUGAUAUCAAUUAUAUCAACACGAGGUGAUAAAGUUACAAAUAU